CUGGACUUUGACUAAGGAAGAAGUCCAUAUAAGAAAGUAGGUAAUUCACAUCCUAUUGAUUGUGUUGAGGUGAGGAUAGCGGCCUAACGUUAUUUGUUUGAAGCGAAGCGAGUAUGGCUGUGACCGCGGACCCAAAGACAGUUAUUAUAGGAUGCGGGAUAGCAGGUAUAGCAGCGGCACAUCGCCUCGUUAACGCUGGAUUUCGUCACGUGCGCAUACUUGAAGCGACUGCGAGAAGCGGAGGAAGAAUAAAAACCGACAGAUUGGGUAAUAACAUUACAGAAAUCGGUGCAAGUUAUAUCCACGGUCCAUCCAAGGAAAACCCAGUGUUUUGUCUGGCUCAGGACUAUGGCCUCCUGGAUCCAGAGGCCCUCACCCCAGAGAACCAGGCCAUGGACGUUGAUGAGCGUCCUCUCUGGGUUCCCAACUGGUUCAGCAGUUCAGGUCAGAAGCUCAGUGCUGAAUACAUGAAACCUGCUCUGGAGAUGUUCAAUGAGCUAUUGGAUGAUACUUUUCAAUUUGAGAAUCAAAAAGAAACACCUUGGGCCAGCGUAGGACAUUUCAUACGGUCAGAGGCACGACAGCAAGCAGCCGAGAGGUGGAAAGAUGAGGAUAAAAGCACCAGGGAGCUGCUUCUGUGUGCCAUCAGUAGCAUGUUGAAGGCGGAGUGCUGCGCCAAUGCGUCUUCUACCAUGGAUGAGAUAGACCUGGUGGGAUUUAAUAUCUACAAGGGUCUACCUGGACUGGACUGCACACUACCAGGUGGCUUUGAAGACCUAAUCAAGAAGUUGAUGUUGGAGAUCCCCACUGAUGUAGUGACCUACAAUCUGCCUGUUCGUUGUGUCCACUGGAACAACACAGAAAGCGGAGGAAACACUGUCACGGUUGAGUGCGAUGAUGGACAGAGGAUCGCUGCUGAUCAUGUUAUUGUCACAGUACCUCUAGGAUACCUCAAGAAGCACCAUUCAACCCUGUUCUGUCCUCCUCUACCGGCACACAAGCUGAGCUCCGUCCAGAGACAAGGAUUUGGAACAUGCAACAAAAUAUAUGUAGAGUUUGAAUCACCGUGGUGGGAUGCUGAAUGUCAGAUCAUCUACCUGGUGUGGAAGGAUGAGGAGGAUGUUUUGGACCAAGUGUCAAACAAGUCCUGGAUAAGGAAGAUGUCCACAUUCACCGUGCUUAAACCUUCUGAAAGAUAUAGCCAUGUUCUCUGUGGCUGGAUCGCUGGGCGUGAGUCAGAGUAUAUGGAGACACUUCCUGAGCAGGAGGUCAGACUUUCCAUCACAGAGCUCAUCCGAACAUUCACAGGAAACCCUACCAUCACCCCGAGGAGAGUCCUGCGCUCCCAGUGGUUUCAUGACCCCUGGACAUGUGGAUCGUACAGUCACCCAGCAAUAGGCUGUUCGGAACAGGACCUGGAGAACAUGAUGGAGCCCCUGCCUACGAAGGGAUCACAGUCACUGCCCCUGCAGGUGUUGUUUGCUGGGGAGGCUACUCAUCCAUACUACUACUCCACCGUCCAUGGAGCUCUUCUCACUGGGUGGAGAGAAGCUGACAGACUCAUCUCUCACUACUCCUCCAUUAGUCCAUGUGAGCCGCCGAAGUCAAAGCUUUAAAAUAAUCUAUGUUUCUUUGACAAAAAAAGAUUGAUCAGAUUUAUGGCUAAAAUCUUUUUCAAACUGAGUUGAUUCGGAGGAUUGAGGAGAGCUGCUGUUUAUGUAAGGCAUUGCCCAGGCCAGUGAAGUAAGAGACUGUUUAUUGCAUUGAAACAAAAGUAAUCGAUACAGUAAUGACAUUGUCAUUAAAUACGUUAAGGAUACAGCUUUGAAAUCCUGAUGAAAGGCCUCUUUGUAUAGAACACAAAGAAAAAAUUAAGUUUGAAGUUGCACAGUAAUCCGGUUUACAAAUCAACUUAAUGAUACAGUUGUUAGAAUUUGUGGUGAUUUGAUCAAAUGAUUGUCUUGAUUUCAUGACUAAUUGAAAUCCAUGCAGUUUUCAACUUUAUGCUUUGCUGAUCUUAUUUUUUUUGUUCAUUGAAUGAAAUAUCAGAUUCUAUUGAUAAAAUAUAUAUUUUUGAAAUAAACUAUUUGAACAGUU